AUGGUUCAAUCGGAGAGUAGUGGCAUUGAGAAAUGGCUUGAAGAAAACAAAUUUGCCCAGUUCCUGUUUAAAAUUGGAAAUUACAUUCCAGUAGUGUUUCUAAUAGCAUUAGUUUCUUGGUCAUAUUAUGCUUUCGUGUUUCGUUUAUGCCUUCUAUAUCUGCUAAACGUAAAUCCUACCCAAGGAGUGGUGUAUCUCGUUCUCUACCAUCCACUUCUUGUGUUAAUGAUGUGGAGUUAUUUCAAAGCUACACUAACUUCACCCGGAUAUUCCACCGAUCCACCGAUAGCUGGCUCAACAGGUUCACAUCAAUCAAUUUCCUAUCAUUCCGUGGAACAACGCAGAUCUAACUCUGCUCAAAAUAGUAUUGAUAGUAAUUCACCAAUUCACCUCGAUGACAUAGAAAAUAGAGAUAGUUCAUUUGACGUUCCUGCCACUAAAUCCAAAACCAUUGUUUUGGAUGAAAAUGGAAAUCCUGUAUCCGUGGGGUCGAUAAUGGUAAAGCAGAGUGGUGAAAAAAGAUAUUGCCAAAAAUGCCAACACGAUAAGCCUGAUAGAACACAUCACUGUAGAGUCUGCAAGAAGUUGAAUAAUUGUAUAGGAUUUCGCAAUCACAAGUACUUCUACUUAUUUAUCGUGUGGGGCACCAUAUAUUGUUUCUUUGUGACACUUGCCACUCUUCCACCCACAAUUCAAUAUGCUCAGUCUUCUUACGAGGCAAUAAUCAACCUUGAUUUAAACUGGUCAUUUCUUAUAUUGAUUGGUGGUAUAUUUGGUUUAUGUUUAAUAGGUUUUGCGGUAUAUCACACUUCUCUAUUGUUUUCCAAUCAGACAACUUUAGAAAGUUUAUCAAAACAUAAUUAUAAAAUCAAAGACGAUGGUGAUGUUACCACGAGUAAAUACUUGAAUUUGUUUGACAUUGGUAAAAGAGCUAAUUUUAUUCAAGUAAUGGGUCCUGAAUGUUUAGGGGAUGGAAGAUCAUGGCCGCUUAAUUCUUAUAAAUAUAAUACUUUAUGUGAAUCUGUUGAGAACUUAACUAAACCCCCGCAAUCUGCCUAA